AUCAAACGCUGAGAUAAUUGUGGUGGGUUUGUGAGUCAGUGUGUGUGAAGCCUCUAGAGGACGGGAUCUGUCUGGGAAAAGCCGAGCUGAAAAAUAAGAAGGCCAGAAUAAGAAGCCCAAAGUCCGUAGUAACAGAGACUCUCCAUUCAUAGCCUCACAUAAUGAGCCGUUUCUGAAAACCCAGAGCAGAUUUAUUGGGUGCGUUGUGUUGCAUUCCACAAUAACAUGUAUGGAAACAUUACAAUGAUCGUUUGAAGAGUGUGUGUACAUCUGUGAUGUGUAAUUUGUAAUGUCGUAAACCUUCUCUCAUGGGAAAGCUGUUGUUCUUAUUUCUGCAGGAUAUGAUUUCCAAAAAUAUUUUGAACUUUUGUUAAGUAAUGAGGUAUGUCUGUAGUAAUUAGGAUGGAUUUGCACAAAAUAAACGAUCUCUAUAAAUCACAGAGAUGGGCACGUGAUCAUGAAUAUACGCAUGGUCAUCAUGCAAAAACAUUCCAUGCCUACAGAAUACAGCUCAUUUGAAAUCAAACUGAUUGUUUUCCUCUUUAUUAUAUGAGCUCGUUGUAGGGUUUGUUGCUGCACAAGUUUGAUCAUUAGUAGGUCACAUGACCAUAACAUGUAUGUAAGCUUUACCUAAAAUACGAACUCACUAACUUAUAUAAAACCCCCAAAGAGUCGCUUCUCUGACAUGUCCCUUCAUCGGAAGAUUAUGAGUUUGAAUCCCAGUUAAGUCACAGCUAUCCAUGUCCAGGAAUCAAGAGAGAAAAAUUAGCAGUGGGAAGAAUGACAUACUGCCAAAUUUCCCUGUCAAAGUGACACUAGCUAAUCACUGGCCUUAUUAACUAUCACUCACUGCAUUGUCAGUGAGCUCAUGUAUGCAGAAGAGGGUAGAUAGCACUUUCCUCCUGCACUGUGAUGCAGCUGGCUUCAUGUGGUGUAGCGAGGAAAACCAAUCGACCAUGCUAGCUUGUGACCACAGGCCUGCUAGACAGCAAGACGAAAAACUACACAGUGAAAGAACACAGUGAACAUUGCUGUGAGUGAUAGUUAAUAAGGCUAGCAAUGGUAACAACGGAAGGCCGACUCAAAGCUGGUGUGCAGCAAGGAGAAAAAGGGCACCGCACAUGAAGAGGAGAGACAGCAGAAGAACAGGGAGCAAAACAGCAAUCCAGAAGCACAUCACAAUUAGCCACCAAUGUCAUUGUACAACCUUCAAAGUCGAACAAUCCAGCGCCAACCAAAACCCCAGAAGCCGUCCAGUCCACUCCUACGCCCCCUACCUCAAAACCCUCCACAGAACAGGAGAACACGGACACCGUCCCAGGUCACGCGGAGCUUCUCGGAGACAUCCCCUUCACCCUAGCGCCUCACAUCCUCGCCAUGCAGGCCGGCCUGCCUCAGCUUCCCGACUUCACCCUGCCCCGAGACAUCAACGAGAACCUGGCCAACUUCUGCUACGACUUCACGCUGGAGAACUCGGUGCUGUGCGAGCUGUGACCGCCGACCCCUGACCCUGCUCAUCCCCUAAAACCUCAGACUGUUCAGAGUUUACACGGCAGGAAUACAAGAUCACCAAGUGGUAACUAAUAUCGCAGAGAUGCUGAUGGAUUUCUCAGGAUGUUAUGUAGCAUGAGGUCUGGAGUGAAACAGUUCUUUAAAGAAUUAAAUGAAAUGAUAUCAGAAUCAAUAUUAGUUUGCAUUGCUGUUGUUUGAAGCAACACCGUAGUAUUUUUAACCUUACAUUUUUCACACACAUCAUACUGUAACAUGUGCUUGUUCUGCUUUCUACAAAUUGUUUUCUAUGCCUUCGCUUUUUUUUUCUUUUCAGCUCACAGACUUUUGCACAACUUGACUUUUUUUUAAUGUUCUUGUUAACAGAUAUCCAGUAAAAAAUUCUUAAACCUGUUAAAUGAAUUUGAACGGUUGAAGAUGUCUAUGGAAAAUCCAUAUUAGGCCAUAACAACAUAUGUAAUGUCCAAUUUUUAAUUUAAAACAUCUUAUAUUUCUUUUCUUUAUAUAUAUGUAUGUUUUUGGAUUUGGCUAGAUUGUUAGAGUGUCAUUUCAUCGUUUGCUGUGAAACUGUAGCAGGUUUUGUUAAGGUUAGGUUUUUUUUUUUGUUUUGUUUUUUUUUUGCCUUAUUGAGUGCUUUCAAUUUCCGUAGCGUUUUUUUUUUUUUUUUUUUGGUAUACAUUUAACAAUAGCAUUUCAGUGAAAGGCCUGCUGCUAUUUACACACUGCACUUCUAGAAACGUCUAGAACAGGGGUGUCCAGUCUUCUCCCCAAAGGACCAGUGUGGGUGCCGGUUUUCAUUCCAAUCAGGCAGCCUGUUUAAUCAGUUGGUCUUGGCUUUCAUUAGACUCAGGUGUGGCUUCUGCUUAGUUGGAAUGAAAUCCUGCACCCACACCAGCCUGUUCCGGAUAAGAUUGGACCCCCCUGCUCUAAAACAUUACAUAGGUAACUAUGUAAUAAGUUACUGGUUUUGGUUUGUGGUGUUUGUUUCUUAUUUAUCAUCCUGUCUGUGCCUUUUACUAUGUGGUUAAAAAGAAACUUGAUUAGAAAUCCCUGACUAGAAAUUUUUCAUAUUCAUCUUCCAAAACAUUUUCUCUUUGUUGAUGCAGUUUGCACAAUGCUAACUUGGUAGCUAGGCUUCCACUACUUGUUAGCCAUAUUAGCCUCCGGAGAACUAAAGAAGCAAAUGUCAGACGCCAAAUAUGUCUUUGCUCAUCGACUGUAUUUUGGUUUAUUCAAAAAUUGUGCGAGUCCCGUUUUUUGAGUGUACUAUUCCAUUAAAACAUUAAACUUGAAAACCCACUUUUUCAUUAAAGAAAUCAUGUUGCAUGUUGAAAUUGUAUCGUGUGCACAAAUCUGUCUGAUAUUUAAGCUUCUUUCUUUUGGGAUUAUCAGAGGGUGCCAAUAAUUCUGUAUUUAAUUGAACAUUAUUUGAUUAAAGAUGUUUUGAUAUUUGA